AUGGCAAACACCAGCGUUCUUCAGAAUCAACUGAGCGACGCAGAUACCUUUCCGAUGGGCAACAGAUGUCCUGGAAACGGCGUCUAUCACAGUAUCUGCUACCAGAUCGAGACCGAAAAGUCAGUAAUCUGCGCGCUCGCAGGCCUUGAUGGCGAUCACAAAUACAUCACCCGUCGCGCGGCCGAGCUCACCGAUCUCCGCGCCUACAAUACAAAAAGCUCCGAGCUGAGCCUCGCCGGCCAGCUCGCCAGCUAUCGAUACAUCGAGAUCGCCCUCUGGAUUGGACGGUGGUCCAUCAGGGACAGGGGGGGUAUACAGUCAUUAACUCUAUGCCCCUCCUGGAAUCCCUGCGGAGGGGAGACGACGAAUUGGAUGGGUUUUCAAUCUAAAUACAAGAAGAGAUCUGGAAGAGAUUUUUCAGAUUGCCAGCAGCGCCCAGUAUCCCAUAGGGAUAUGAUGAUCGAUCCAGUGCUUCAAGCACUGUCCCUUCCGCUGGCCGACCAGCAAUUCCAGUCCCUUCCGGACGUUGCGGCCACAGAGUGUGUCAUCAACAAGGUCAAUUCCUUAGCUACUGCGGAAGAUACCGAGGACACCCAGAUGGCUGGAACCGGCGAAGAGGUUGAGGAGGAGGACGAGGACGAGGAGAACUAUUACCUCUUCGUUCCGCCUCGCCAUCCUCGCAUGCGCUAG